GUUCAGUUUGAGAUUUCACUUCUAGCAAUAUGAACUAGAAAUGAAAAUCCAAACUGGACAAGAAUUAUGGGACGGAGGGAGUACUACUAAAAAAUCAAACAAUUAUAAAUUUACUAAUUUAUUUAUUUAAACAAAUACAGUACUUCCAAUAAAUUUGAAUUUGAGACGCCUAUUUCAGAAAUAACUCCGACGACAUACUCAUCGACAUCGGCCUCGAAAAUGAGUAAUAGUUCGCUGACUUCCUCACCGGCGAGGUCAUCCAUAUCGACGACAGCCAUACCGGCCACCGCAGCUUCAUCUCUCGCCGGCGUUGAUGACUAUCUUUUCCCCGCCGAUUUUAUCUCCGUUCUGGACCGUAAGGACGAGGCACUUGCCGUUCUAAAAUCAGAGCUGAUGGCAUCCCUAAACAAAGUGGUUAAAUCCCUCGACGAGGAUAGCUGGAUGUUUGAGGGUCCUCGAUCACGCAUUCAUCUUAUUUCUAAACCAGGUGGUCUUCUUCAAAAGAAGCAUGUUGGAAAUUCAAGGCAUCAUCACUUGCCCCCAUCAAAAUGAUGUAGGCAUCUUCAUUACCAAAUGGAGCUGGAAAAUUGUAGUAACGAUUCAAGUACCUUGAACCAAUCAUGCCACUACUUAUUUGAGAGUUAAAGCUAGGGGUUCUUCGAUGUUGGACCAGAAUGACAGGAUCUGUUCUAUGGUGAAAUGUUGUUACUGAAAAUGACUGCUUAACAUUUCUGUACAUCUGUGACAGUGAAAGCUAUUUUACUGCUGUCAUCAGUUUAGUGUAUCUAAUGACAAUUAUGGACUUGUAAUGCAUUCAAAUCUGGCAACAGUGGCCUUGCUGACAUUGUUGCUUGUAGAUGUUUGAAAAUGAUCUUGGCAAAUAAUAUUAAGAUCCUAGGUACACGCGAUCAUUUAAUCCGUAAUUUUUUUUAUUAAG